CUGGAUGUCACACUACAUGGGCUCGGCGUCAAGUGUCGGCCUUGGCCCCAGCGGCGACGAGGACCACGGCGCGAACGGCUUUGUCGCGCUCCAUGCCGACGACACGGAAGUCGAGACGACGCACAGGAAGCGCACGCAGCAGGCCGCAGCAGAGCAGCUCGCGCCCGCCGACGCAGACGGCCUCCACGCCCGAGGGGACUCGCCGCGCCCCAUACCGAGCCGGCUACCGAAACGAGCUGCGUCGGACAGCAACGUGCAUCACCCCCUCCCGGCGCGCGUAACGCUCCUCCCGCACACGCUCACCAUCGCGGGCAGGAGCUUGACGCUCAACCGCAAGCGGUGCGAGGACGUCCUCCUCCUCGGUGCGGUCGUGUUCGGAAUCGUGCAACUCUCGUACGGGUGGAACGAGUGGGCCGUGUCUGGCGAAAUUACGACGCUGCUUGUGUUGAGCAUCGCCUAUGUCUACUUUAGGGUACGCCCAGCACCGACCCCGUCGUCGCCAGGUAACCGGUCGCGCUCGCCCCUGCCGCCUCUGCCUCCAAAUGGUGUGCGCGCGAGCGGGGUACGGCGGUCGAGCCAUGUGCAGCCGACAGCGGCGGCGGCGGCGACCGCUGCAGGCGUACGCGCAUCGACCCCAGUGCUCGACGAGGACGCGCCGACAACACUCGGCAAGAACGGCUGUAUCUGGGGCACAGAGGAGCGCGAGUACCGUGACUGCCUCGACGACGGCGCGCUGUUUGCGCUCCUCCUCUGCCCGGUCGUCGCCGCGGCGCUGCUGCACGCCGCACUGCUACGGCUGUCUGCCGACCCAGACAGGGCCGUGCUUCCCGGCUGGGUCGUCGAAGAACCGCUCGUGAUCCCCGGCACGCCGAUCCGACGCAUCUCUGCAACGGUCCCGCACGGCACGAGCGACGUGACGCGCGCGCUGUCGGCGCUGGCAAUCUCGCGCCGAAACCUCGUCCAGCUGUUCACGCUGCUCUCGUUCGUGCUGCUCGUGCAGCUCACCUGGUCGCUCCGGCGCGAGGUGGUGCGCGCGCGGAGCAACCUCGGAAACGGCAGGCUGGCGGCUGUUAAUGGCGCCGCGGCAGACAAGACUGCCACCGACACGAGCGACACGUCGGCAAAGGCGCCCGUGCCGACCAUCCUACCCGGCACGUACUGGCUUCGACGGGGCGAGCUGCGCCGCAACCUCUCGGUUAUCGGCUUCGCCUUCCUCGUCACGAGCUGCUGCGUCGUCAUCAAGAUUGUCACCGCGCACAUCGACUACGGUGUCUGGAGCGACAUGUCCCACUCGGACAUCAUCCUCGCGACCCUCUUCUACCAGUUCUGCCUGUACGUCUGUGUCCGCCUCGCCCGUCGAGGAUUCACCCUCGGCGAGCUUGCCAUCGUCACAAAUGCCGGCACGGCCUUAUUCAUGGAAACGGUCAACAUGACACGGAUGAAGAUCCCCAUCAUCCAGACCCCGUAUAUCAAAACAUACCGCCUCCCCACCCCGCUGUUGACAUACCAGCUUGCACUGAUUCCCGGAUCCCUCCUCACAGGAUUCCUCCUUUCACCUUUGCUAUACCUGUCCAGGCAUCUCGCCCAACGGCCAGCACGUCGACUGCGUUUCCCGCACGAGAAGCCGGUACACCGACGGCUCCUCGCGCUGGGCUUCUACGCUGGCUCGUUCAUCGUCGUCUUUGGAGUCGUCGGCACGUGGGCACGCUGGGAGCUCGGCUGGCGCGACCCAUGGCUCUAUGUGAUCUGGUUCCUCGUCGAGGGCCAGCACCCGUGGACGCGACCCGCGCUCAUCGCGUACUGGGGCUUGCUGGCCAUGUUCUCCGUCGCGGGGUGGCAGCGCCAGCUGUCCCGCGCGCGCAGGCACAGGCUGUACACUGUCCCCGGGACGUCGCGCGAUUCGACCUCGUCGACCACGUCGACGAGUGCGCCGACAGUCGCGACGCAGAUGAUGGACGCGGCCGACCAGCGCAUCCCGACACUCUCGGUCAACGCGCGCCGCAAGUCGUUCCAUGCCCUCGCGGUGGCCAUGUUCAUCCCCGGCAUAUCCAUCGACCCAGCCUUUACGCACCUCGCGUUCUCGGUCGCCUUUGCAGCGUUCACGUUUGCAGAGUACAUCCGCUACUUUGCCCUCUGGCCACUAGGCGUGAGCGUGCACCUGUUCCUCAACGAGUUUAUCGACCACAAGGACUCGGGCACGGCCAUCCUGAGCCACUUCUACCUGCUCGCAGGGUCCGCCUCGCCGCUGUGGCUCGAGGGCCCGUCCCAGAUCCUCGCGCACUUUGGCGUUCUGUCUCUCGGUAUCGGCGACGCCGUGGCAUCCAUCGUCGGCCGGCGAAUGGGCUACGCCCGCUGGUCGCCAGCGUCAGGCAAGACGGUUGAAGGCAGCGUCGGCUUCGUCGCCUCGGUCAUCCUCGCGUCCAUUGUCAUGUGGAUCGUCGGCGCGGUCGACUCGUUCAACUUUAUCCCCUUUGUCAUCACCACUACCCUCGUCACCCUCCUCGAGGCCUUCUCGGGCCAGAACGACAAUCUCGUCUUGCCAGUCUAUGGCUGGGCGGUGGGUACCCUGCUUGGCGUGUAACACAGCGCACGCCAGGCCUCAUAAUUAUGUAACAUACAAUGCAUGGACUGUUCAUAGG